AUGAAAACUCGCAGCCAAACCGCUCAACCCGCCCAACCUCCCAAGGAAGCUACCUACACCCAAUCUUCCAACCCAAUCUCCCAAACACCAUCCGAGCAAUGCACCCCAGCCCCUCCAACACGCCAAUACGGCGACCCAACAACCUCAAUCACCCGAGGCCCCAGCUCCAAGCCCUCCAACGACGACGCCCGCGCCCACCUAGAAGCACAACACCACCAAGAACGAGAACAUAUGCAAAAACGUCCCGACACCGACCUAGAAUACGGAGUCGAGCAGCAACCCGCUGAGGGAUACAUUGCUGACAUAGUCUCACGAAAAGGUAUGGGGAUGCAGCGGGCGCAGGCUGGUGCUCACGCUGGACCUGUUGGUAGUGCUGCUGGGCCUGGACAUCCGGGGUUCGGGGAAGAGAGAGAUUUGGCGGCGAAUAUGGAUCAGAAGAGGGCUGAGCAUGAUCGUCUUCUUGGAGAGAAGAUUGGGAGAAGUCCUGAGGGGGGGUAUGGUGAUGUUGCGGAGAGAGAGGCUGUUAGGGAGCGUAAGUUGAAGAGGAAUGAGGAGGGUGGAGGGGAAGCUUAA